AUGAACAUUUCAAAAGAGCACAAUUUGGGCGUCCAGCUGACACUUUUUGGCGUAAUUUUAACAUUUGCACUGACACCGGUUGGUGAUCGGCACGAUGGACUAGCAGUCGCUGAUAAUAUCGAGAAAGUUAUCAGACAAGGACUUGACGAGGGGUGGAAUAUUGGUGCUAUCAUUACUGAUAACGCCGGACAAUGUGGGCGUGCGCGGCGUAUAUUGGCUCUUAGGUGGCCACAGCUCGUGUUUUGGCUGCAACGCGUACGAAGGCUAAUGAAGAGGUUCUACGGCAAUACACUUGGGUUACGAACACUCUGUGCAACUCGCUGGAACUCCAUGCAGGGCUGCUUCGCGUCACUUCUUCGAGUAAAGACCGCUCUUCCGAUGCUCCACCACCAGUACGGGAUGGAUAGCGACUUUCCAUUGAGUCUGCGCUGUUUAGGAGAUGUCGACUUCUGGACAAGUUUGACUAGUGCUGAAAAUGUUAUUGCACCGUUGUCGUACGCAUCGUACAGACUCCAGCGCGAUGAAAACACUGUUGGUGACGUACUCGUCAAGUGUGUCGAGGAAAGAUGGCGGCAGUGUGAACAACCGCUCUUCAUGCUGGGGUUUGCACUGCAUCCAGCGUAUGCAGAUCACGCUCGAGCGCUGCCGACUACGAAGGUCUCAGGGUUGGGCCGCCUUCCUUCAAUUGCUGCAUACUAUUAUCGCAGGCUAUUCUCUACAGAGGAUGUCGGCGUCAUUCGAAGUGAUAUGCUCGACUGGAUGGAAGGCAAGUUCACAAGAACUAAAGCAAGUGAAUUUAAGAGCUCUCUAUGGAAAUAUUGGCGAUGGUGA